AUGGACGCUCUUACAAUGAUAUCGAUCAUGACCCUAAUGCUCUUUUCUGGAUCAGCACGUGCCGCAACUCUUAUCGUGUCCAACCAGUUGCAUACACGUGGUAAUGUUCCCGUCUUCGUCACGUGCCACGGCACAAUUCCUAAGAUGUCCAAAUCCGUACCGUUGGGUCAAGUGUCGUUGACAAAGCUCAUCACACCCGUUGCCGGCAAUAACGCGACCGAUGAAAAAGCCGGAUCUAGAGUGCUGCAGCAAAUGAGUUGCGUAGGAACCUUUUACACCGAAUCACAUUUCGGGCGCACUGAGAGGCCGUACGUUUUGUACGAUUCAUACAUUGAUUCUAAGUUGUGUAAAAAUGCAUGUCUCGUCGUUGUCAAAGACGAUGGCUUUUACCGUUGGAACAAUGACAAGAAUGUUUGGGACAAGAUUCCUCCGAUCAUCUGGACUUAA